AUGGCAAGACAUAACUUUUCAGACAUGUUUUAUUCGACAAUGAUAGGAGACACUUCGUUCAGUGUUCUGAAGAGAUAUGAGAAUCUACAGCCAAUUGGUUCUGGGGCUCAAGGAAUGGUUUGGUAAGCUACUCACAUACGGAAACUUAUACUAACUUGCUAAAAUAUUGAAUGUUUAUUCCGCAAUAUUAUAAAUAUAAAUAACUACGAUCUGUAGUCCUAAAGUGUUUAAUACGACAACUGGAAAAUGUCUGUCAAUAAAGCUGACAUUUUGGACAAAUUUAACGGGAAAUAAAAUUAUGAUCAGUCUUUAAUAUAUCAAUAAAAUAAACUAGAAUUUAACCAUUUAUCAUUGCUUUAUAGUUUUACAAAGAAAUUUGUGGAAUUUGUGUAUUUUUUCCCCCAAAUUGAUAGCUUUGGGCUUAUCUGCUGAUUGUGUCAUAUCUGACUGCCUAUCUAAACGGAUACAGGAAUUUGUUUUGCAUUUUUAAACGGGUAGAGACGCUAACUUUAGCGUUCAAAUAUAUUUUUAGUAUCUCAUUCUUAAAAGCUAGUAAAAUUAGCCAGACAUCUCUUUGUCUCAAUGAUUAUUUGUGGGUUGUAAAAUUUUAUUUGUGAAAUGAUGACAUAAUUAUGUUAAGUAUAAGCAAUUAGGAUAUGAUAGUUUGAAGAAUUAAUAUACCUUUGGCCAUAAUAUAUAUAUAUAUAGAUUAUAAGCUACCUCCAAAGUAAGGGUUUGUGUUUGAACUGCCUGACAAAGAUAUCUCAAAUGUGGCGGUCCGGUGUAAUUGUAGUAUGCUACAAUUAGCUGUCGUGGUUUGUGUCUGAACUACCUGAAAAAGAUAUCUCAAAUGUAAAGGUCCAGUGUAGGUAGUAUUAUACAAUAAGCUGUUGUGGUUUGUGUCUGAACUGCUUGAAAAGAUAUCUCUGAUGUGGUGGUCCAGGGUAGGUAGUAUUCUACAAUAAGCUGUUGUGGUUUGUGUCUGAACUACUUGAAAAGAUAUCUCAAAUGUAAAGGUCCAGUGUAGGUAGUAUUAUAUAAUAAACUGUCAUGGUUUGAACAUUGAACAACAUGAAAAAAUGAAUAUCUUGAGGUAGUUCUGACAAAAACAUGGCAGAAUAUUAUAAAAUAAAUUUAAGAAACAAGAAAGGAUGCAGGUGUUUGAAAAUAUGUUAAGUGUUUUUGCAAAGGACUCAUUGUGUGUAAAAGUAAUUUUGGUCAAAGUUAAUUCCCACUUAAAAUUUUCUUGAAAAGGAGUUCUUUCAUCUUUUUUCAUAUAAAAUAAUAAACUCAACUUGGUAUGCAAAUUUGCCAUUUCAAUGUUCAUUUACAUUUUUGAGAAAUGUUAUAUUCUGGCUUCAUUGAUAUGCUAAUCACAAUGCAUUGUUUCGUAUCGGAAUAUCAAUUUACUUGAAGAGACCCCGUCUCCAGUGGCGUAGCCAGCCCGACAAUUUGCUCCCGCCAUGCAAAUUCAAAAUUAUUAUCGUUAUUCAUUUCUUUAGAAAUUGAUUGUUUUCACAGUCAAUAAACACGAAAAUAUUUGCAUAGCGCGACUAAAUCGCCAGGUUGGCUACGCUACUGCCCGUCUCUCAAAAGUGUAAAUAAAUGUUCAAAUGGCAAUUUGCAUACAAAGUUCAGUUGGUCUAUUGGGCACGAAUAUAGCUAGCUGAAGGUCAAGGUCAAAUGGUUUUGUCAAGGUCAAGGUCAAAAUCUUGGAGUACAUACUUUAGUUUGGCAUUCUUAUAUAGACUGUUUAUCAAUUGAGAAUCAUCCCAUUAAAUUAAUAACAAGUUUCUCAGCUUCUCUGGACAAGAAAAAUUAUUUGGCAUUUAAGAUAACAAAAGGCACAGCACAAUGCUGCAUUAUGUGUGAACAGCUAUUCAUAUUUAAAAUGCAUGAAAUGUACCAGCAAAGUUUAUUGUUGGAUUAAACUAUAAAUGUCUCUUAAGGGCCACUGUUGGCAUUAUGCCAGCGUUACAGGUUGUGUAUUCACAUCUUGUCAGAAUGAUCUUUAGAAAUUGAUUUUGCCACCUGAGUUAGCUUGUUUAUAAAGACGUUAUGGUCAGUGGUCAUCAGUGGAUGAGGAAAGCAAUUCUAUUCUUGGCUUUCAAGUGGGAGGUCAUUCAUUGAAAAUUGAGGCCAACUAAAAUGACAAAGAACAAAAUGGCUGUCAACACAUCUUAUGUAAAUGAGUUUUCCAAUUUCUAUAAAAGCCAAUAUAAACAAUAUAAAAGCCGUCCUAUACCCUUGACAUAGACCCUUGACCCUCCAUGUGAUAUCAUAUGAAACCUGAGAAUACUGCAGUGCACCCAAAUGUGCCUUCUUAAUAAUAUAACUCCAUCUAAUACAAGAUGAUUUCAUUCAGCAAAGGAUGUGUCUAUCAACCCACAGAGUGCCAGGUGACUUGCUCUCCCUAGAUGAGUAAAAUCAUCUGAUGUUACACAGAGAAAAAUAAUAAAGUAGGGCACAAUGACACUUAUAAAUAAUAAACUGAUUAAGCUGCAAUGUACUUUCUUCGUUAACCAGACCAUCUCUUUAGCCACAAUUUGCGCUGAUCCUUGCCACUCUGUUAUUUUACUCUGCCUAAUGCCAGACCAUUUUCCUUGUCAAAAGGAGAGCACUGCUGCUCAAUGAGUUAACUAGACAAUCUCUUGGCCCUGAUCCUUGCCACUCUGUUAUUUUACUCUGUCUAACGGCAGAUGAUUUUAAAUGUGAUUUUUUCUAGUUCUGCGCUGGACACAGAAACAGGAGAGAAGGUCGCCAUCAAGAAAUUAAAUCGUCCUUUUCAAAAUGUCACUCACGCCAAGAGAGCUUACAGGGAGCUUGUCUUAAUGCAGCUCGUCAAUCAUAAAAAUGUAAUUCCGUUUUUAAGAAUAAAAUAAUUACUUGGCACAUAUAUAAGAGACCCACCAAGGGGUUAUGACCGACAGGCGACAUUCCUUAAAAAGAGGCGACAGACUAUCUAAAAAAGAGCAACAAACGACAGCUUCUGACUGGGAAAAAGCAACAAAUUGCGAUUUGUGUUAUGGGUCAAAAGUGACGGCGACAUUUAUUACAAUAAAACAAGCGACAAAGCAGCUACAAAAUGAGUGACAAGCGACCUGGGUUACACCCCUUGGUGGGCCUCAUAUAAAGCCUGGUUGACACUAUCAAACUUUGUGAUCACAGUAGGAAAAUUCUAGGUUUUGAAGGAUUUGUAAGAAUUGUUUGAGGGAGCUGACUUGGUGUUUAACAGCGAGUCAGUUUCCUCAAACAUUUCUUACAAAUCCUUCAAAACUUAGAAUUUACCCAUGCAAAAUUCCUACUGUAAUCACAGAAACUUUUAUAGUGUAAACCAGCUUUAGCAGAGUAUAAAAUUGAUGGACAAGAAAUGCAUGUCUUCAUUUUGUAAAAAUUUAGUUUUUCUUGUAGAUUGUUUCGUUGUUGAACGUGUUUACCCCACAAGACUGUCGUGAUGAGUUUACUGACUUGUAAGUUUAACUGUAUUUUGUAAGGGAGUUCUGGCAUUUGAAAAGGGAGUUCUGCUAUUUGAAAAGAGAGUUCUGCUAUUUGAAAAGGGAGUUCUGCUAUUUGAAAAGGGAGUUCUGCUAUUUGAAAAGGGAGUUCUGCUAUUUGAAAAGGGAGUUCCGCUAUUUGAAAAGAGAGUCCUGGCAUUUGAAAAGAGAAUUUUGCUAUUUGAAAGGGGAGUUCUGGCAUUUGUAAAGGGCAUUCUUGCGUUUGUCGAUACGUUACGACUUGCGAUAUGGUUGAAGUGGAAAUCGACCUUAACAUCUCAAUAUGGCUAAUGUGACGUACUUUUCGAAAACCCCGUCUGGAACGUGUUGUUGAUUGUGUUUCAAAUGCGUUCUAAGUUGCUUUCCCGUCGCGAAGCAGAACGCGUUCCGUGUCAAUUUAUGGAACGCAAAUGCAGUUGUUACAAUAUGCUUGCUAUAUAUUUCAGAUAUUUAGUGAUGGAGUUGAUGGACGCCAAUUUAUGUCAAGUCAUAUCAAUGGACUUAGACCACGAGAGAUUGUCGUAUCUUCUUUACCAGAUGCUGUGUGGAGUCAAGGUAAAACCUACAACACCUUCCAGUGAGAUGCCAAAAUCCCGAUUAAACCUACACAUCAUUUUUUGAUUGCUGCAUAUUGUGUUUCUUAUAUCUGUAGUAGAUAUACAGAACUCUAGUGUUUAGUUUUGUUUUUUAAUAUUUUUUUCCAUAGCAUCUUCACUCGGCUGGAAUUAUUCAUCGGGUAUGUUGCCACUUUGACUUUGCAUUCGAAGUAAAGCUUGUUUCUUUAAUGUUUCAUUUCUUUUCUUGUUGAACAGGAUCUGAAACCAAGCAAUAUUGUUGUCAAAUCAGAUUGUAGUCUCAAGGUAAGUCUUAAGCCUGUUCCUCAAUACGACGCAAGUAUAAGCAAACAGAAUGCUUUGAUGUUCUUUAUAUGCUUGUGUUGUUCUCAUUGUGUCCUCACUACAACGCAAUAUAAAGCACAAGCAACAACAUAAGCAACAACAUAAGUUAUUUUCUACAUUUCUAGAUUCUUGACUUUGGAUUGGCGAGAUCCGCUGGUUCAAAUUUCAUGAUGACGCCAUACGUGGUGACGCGAUAUUACCGCGCGCCCGAAGUGAUUCUUGGGAUGGGAUACAGUGAGAAUGUUGACUGCUGGUCAGUUGGUUGUAUCUUUGGCGAGAUGAUUCAAGGACAGGUCAUGUUUCCUGGCGUCGAUC